AAUGGACGACAGCUGUUUGACAGCUCUGCUUUUAUUUUCUAUAGAAUUUAUCUCUCCAUCACAAAAAAAGCUUUUUGUGCAUCAAUUUGUUUGUUAUUUGAAAAUAGAGUUCUAAAUAGAACUUUGUUGUCGUACAUUUCUAGUGAGAAUCUAGGAAAUGAGGGGUGAAACAGAGUGCACUAUAAAUAGAUCGAGCCGCAGUUAGUUUAUAGUUUACGUCUGAUUGUGAUGAUUUAUCAGACAUAUUGAGUGUGAAUUAGCGAGCCAUGGGUAGGCGAGAGGAGCCGGCUUGGGCUAAGGGCACGGUGGGGCUGCUGGCGGCGCGGGAGCGCGGCUACGUGGACCGGCAGUUCCAGAACCGUCUGACGGUGACCCGGAGUAUGAUCGACCGCUUAGGGCUGGAAACAGAGCUGAACGGGCAUAUGGGCUGCGUCAAUUGCUUGGAAUGGAACCAUGAUGGAUCUGUUUUAGCGUCGGCAUCAGACGACUUGCACGUCAUCCUGUGGGACCCUUACCGGUACAAGCAGCUCCACAACAUAGCCACGGGACACACUGGCAACAUCUUCUCAGUCAAGUUCCUAUCUCCAGAUCUGAUAGCGACAUGUGCCGCCGACGGCACGGUGCGCGCGCGCAGUAUUUGCGGUGGAGCCCCUCUAUUGGAGUGUUCUUGCCAUUGUGGGAGGGUCAAGAGGUUGGCGGUCGCUCCGCAUAACCCACAUCUCAUCUGGUCUGCGGGUGAAGAUGGACUUAUACUGCAACACGACCUCCGCACCUCCCACCGCUGCACAUCCGCCAACGUGCUCGUCAACUUGCUGAACCACCUCGGGCGCUACGCGGAGGCCAAGUGCGUGUCGGUCAACCCGCGCCGCCCCUACCAGCUCGCCGUCGGCGCCAACGACCUCUAUGUGCGGCUGUAUGACACUAGGAUGAUCAAGCUUAGCAAACUGCAGCAGGUACAAUCAGCUGGCACUCGCGUGGCGUGGGAGCGCGCGAACGUGCGCUGCGCGCGCGCCGGCGCCGGGGACCCCGACAUGAACAUACCGCGCGCCGCCGUCACAUACUACGCUCCCGGUCAUCUAUCGAUUGAGCCGAACGAGCACAACUUCCCCAAGAAAGCGACGACCUACGUAGCCUUUAGCCACGACGGCAAUGAGUUACUCGUCAACCUAGGAUCAGAACAGAUCUACCUAUUCGACAUAAACCACGGCCGCCGGCCGGUCCUCGUGGAGUCGUUCAUCAUCCAACACAACCACGCCUACAGAGCUGGAGAGGCGCGCGAGCCGAGCCCCGAGCCAGAACCUCAGCAGCCAUUACCCGAGUCGGUACGAGCUUUAAAAGAACGGGCGAACGAGCUGGUAAACGCUGGUAACUACGCAGCGGCGGUGGAACUAUACAACGCGGCACUAGGAGCGUGUCCUAACCACGCGAUCUUAUACUCGAAUCGCGCCGCGGCGCUUAUGAGAAGGGGGUGGUCUGGGGACACAUACGCAGCCAUUAAGGAUUGCUAUCGAGCAAUCAAACUGGACUCCGGACACGUGAAAUCUCACUUCAGACUAGCUAAAGGUCUGAUGGACCUGAAGAGGGCGCGCGAGGCGCAUGAAUGCUUACUUUAUUUUAAGGACAAAUUCCCCAGGCACGCGUCAAGUCACGCCGUGUUUCUUCUGCAGAAGGACAUUAAUGUUGCACUGGACACCGUCGAAACGCAGGCUGACGAAGCCUCUUCCUCAGCGCCGGGCGAAGCUGAAGAGAACCAACCCACCAGCGUGUUGGAGCGCCAACUGCGGCCCGCGGCCAUCGACUACACGCAGCGGUUCCUGGGCCACUGCAACACCACCACUGACAUCAAGGAAGCCAGCUUUUUAGGCCCUGAUGCUAACUAUAUAGCCGCCGGGUCGGACGACGGCAGCAUGUUCAUCUGGUGUCGACGCACCGGCAACAUCGUGCGUUGUCUCCGCGGCGACGAAUCCAUCGUCAACUGCGUGCAGCUUCACCCCGCCGCUUGUCUGCUCGCCACUAGCGGGAUUGAGCCUUGCGUGCGGCUGUGGAGCCCAAGACCUGAGGACGGAGUAGAAGAGCCCCGUGUAGUAGUGGACGCGGGUUCCGCGGCGCACGAGAACCAGCGGCGCAUGCGCAGCGACCCCUUCGAGGCCAUGCUGCUCAACAUCAGCUUCGCCGGAGCCGACCGUGACUUACACUCGCCCGCCUGCCGUGCCAGCUAGGUGCAAUAUGUGAUAGCCGAUAUACAAGAUUCGUUCGGUCUCCUUAUCUUCGCCAAGUCAGCUGUAAAUGUAAAUAAAUUAUUCAUUAAAUGAUACGCGCCGCUAUCAUUUCCCUUAUAAUACUCGACCAAAUAAAUGUUAUCAAUGACCAAUUGGUCAAAUGAUCAGUAAUUUUCACAAUAUAGACGGUAUUUAGAACGGAAACUGGGUCGUUAGUUUUUAUGUAGUUUCCACUCAGAAUCGCUCUUUCAGUUCACUCUUUCAAUUCUAAUAGGAGAAAAAAAGUUUUUUUCCCAUUCCGUUACCAUUUUUUUAUACAUUUUGUAUUUCGGAAUGGAAGGUUCGAAAAAAUGUAUGGAAAUCUUAGGACAUUUUUUUUCUCCUAUCAGGAUCGAAAGACCUCGCGAUUCUAAGUAAUAAUCGCGUAAAAAAUACCCAUGUUACAAAAAAGUGGGGUAGACAACUAAUACUAUAUACCCAAUUAUUACUAUAUACUAUAAAUAUUGAGCCUGAAUUUUAUCUUUUUUAGUAAUAAAUUUUAUUUAGUCGAGUAUUAUAACAAAACCUAUAUUUAUGUUUGUUUUCGUGUCAGGGUUGGUGCUAAGCUUUGAAGGAACUGAAAUGGAUUGUCAUUUGCUAUAUAUUAUAAAUGAUAGCAUAGCAUAGAGAUGACACGUAUAUCAUUUUUGUUAGAAUUAAUUUAUAUCGUUGCUAAAUUAAAGGGUUAUAUUAUAUAUUUUAUAUUUCUAAAAUAGUCCAUUCUAUCGAAAUGGUGUAAACAUUUUUUACUGUAAGUGUCUUUUCAAAACGAUUGUUUUUAAUGCUUUCCGUAGAGAAAUAAACCUUAUUGAAAAGAUACUCUUCAAUAAUAGGACAGUUGUUUUAAGCCGUGGUCGCAGGUUCUAGUCCUGCCGAAGCAGUGAAUUUUUACGAUUUUUUUUGUGGAUUGGACUAAAGUGACUGAAUAUUAAUGAGUAUUCAAAUUUUAAUAACAGGUAUAUUAAAUCCGAAUAAUUUUGAAUCUGGUGACAAUAUGCUAGUUUCCUACUAGUCAAAUCAGGUUCUUUUUAAGAACUGUCAAUACGAUUUGCUAAUAUGUCUCGUAUUUUAACCUACCAGUACAGUCCAAAUACCUAUUCAACGAAAUCGACUGAUCGAUAUUCUAAAGUUUACCUCUUGAUUGGCGGUAGCAUUCUUGGUUGAAGAAAUGUCAUUUUUGGCACUGCUAGAUCAGAGUCAUAAUUAAACUAGAUCUUGUUAUUAAAACUUGAAUACGGCUUUGACUGUUGAUCUCAAGAUCAGACAGUUGGUCUGACUAAGACGACAAUUUUCCUUUUUUAGACAAAAUAUGUCGCUUAACUUCAAACUCUGGUAAAUCCAUUCCACAUUAAGGUUGAUUAUACGAAAUAAUAAAAUAUAAUCUGAAAGAUAAUCAUCCUUAAAGGACAAUGGAUUUACCCGAUUCAAACAAAGAUUAAAGUUAAGUGACACAAAUAUACUAUGACGCGAAAAAAAUAUUGUAUUUGCAAAUUUGACAGAUGAAGAUGAAAAUGAAAAAAAAAAAAUGGAAAAAACUCUGAAGAAUGGUAGGUAUGCCACGCGACUACACAGGAGGACGCGUGGCGCCCCUCGG